CCGCGCCCCUCGGCCCUCCCGCCCCGGCCCCCGUCCCCGGAACCGGCGGUCGAGCGGCGGCAGCCGAGCCUGAGGCACGGCUCUCUCCCCGCGGAGCCGCCGGCAUGAACGCAUCCCGCCGCCCCGCGUCCCCGACCCGGUCCUUCUGACAAGAGGAGUAAGAAGAUUGCUAUUGAAUUACAACCAUGGUGCAGAAAUACCAGUCCCCAGUGCGGGUGUAUAAACAUCCCUUUGAGUUAAUUAUGGCUGCCUAUGAAAGGAGGUUCCCUACAUGUCCUUUGAUUCCAAUGUUCGUGGACAGUGACACCGUGAGCGAAUUUAAGAGUGAGGAUGGGGCUAUUCAUGUCAUCGAGAGGCGCUGCAAGCUGGACAUAGACGCUCCCCGGCUGUUGAAGAAGAUUGCGGGAGUCGACUACGUUUAUUUCGUCCAGAAGAACUCCCUGAACUCUCGAGAGCGCACUUUGCACAUCGAGGCGCACAACGAGACCUUCUCUAACCGCGUCAUCAUCCGCGAACACUGCUGCUACACAGUUCACCCUGAGAAUGAGGACUGGACCUGUUUCGAACAGUCUGCAAGUUUAGAUAUCAAAUCAUUCUUCGGUUUUGAAAGUACAGUGGAAAAAAUUGCCAUGAAGCAUUACACAAGCAACAUUAAAAAAGGGAAAGAAAUCAUUGAAUACUACCUGCGGCAGCUGGAGGAGGAAGGCAUCACCUUCGUGCCCCGAUGGACCCCGCCGUGUCUGGGACCCUCGUCAGAAGCAUCAUCGACAAGCAAGAAUCAAGCCACAUCCACAGCUGUCCUUGUUCCGGACACUGCUGCUACCAAGGAGGGCCUGAGUGGGGAGAGUCUCAGUGGCCCUGGCACAGCGUCUGAGCCUGUGGUGGGAACCCCUGACGACAAGCUAGAUGCUGACUACAUCAAGAGAUACUUGGGUGACCUGACUCCCCUCCAGGAGAGCUGCCUCAUCAGACUGCGCCAGUGGCUCCAGGAAACACACAAGGGCAAAAUCCCGAAGGACGAGCAUAUUCUGCGGUUUCUGCGUGCCCGAGAUUUUAAUAUCGACAAGGCCAGAGAGAUCAUGUGCCAGUCUCUAACUUGGCGGAAACAGCACCAGGUGGAUUACAUCCUAGACACCUGGACUCCGCCCCAGGUCCUUCAGGAUUACUACGCUGGAGGCUGGCAUCACCAUGACAAAGAUGGGCGGCCGCUGUAUGUGCUCCGGCUGGGCCAGAUGGACACCAAAGGCCUGGUGCGAGCCCUGGGAGAGGAAGCCCUGCUGCGAUAUGUUCUUUCCAUAAAUGAAGAAGGCCUGAGGCGAUGCGAAGAGAAUACCAAAGUUUUCGGCCGGCCCAUCAGCUCAUGGACCUGCCUGGUGGACCUCGAAGGGCUGAACAUGCGCCACCUGUGGAGACCGGGAGUCAAGGCGCUGCUUCGGAUCAUUGAGGUCGUGGAGGCCAACUACCCGGAGACGCUGGGCCGCCUCCUCAUCCUGCGGGCUCCCAGGGUCUUCCCCGUCCUCUGGACACUGGUUAGUCCAUUUAUUGAUGACAACACCAGAAGGAAAUUCCUCAUUUAUGCAGGAAAUGACUACCAGGGCCCUGGAGGCCUGCUGGACUACAUCGAUAAAGAGAUCAUUCCAGAUUUCCUGAGCGGGGAGUGCAUGUGUGACGUGCCGGAGGGCGGACUGGUGCCCAAAUCUCUGUACAGGACCGCAGAGGAGCUGGAAAAUGAGGACCUGAAGCUCUGGACGGAGACCAUCUACCAGUCGGCCAGCGUCUUCAAAGGAGCCCCACAUGAGAUUCUCAUUCAGAUUGUGGACGCUGCCUCAGUGAUCACUUGGGAUUUUGAUGUGUGCAAAGGAGACAUCGUCUUUAAUAUUUAUCACUCCAAGAGGUCUCCCCAGCCACCCAAAAAGGACUCACUGGGGGCCCACAGCAUCACCUCUCCAGGGGGGAACAAUGUGCAGCUCAUAGACAAAGCCUGGCAGCUGGGCCGGGACUACAGCAUGGUCGAGUCACCUCUCAUCUGCAAGGAAGGAGAGAGUGUGCAGGGCUCCCACGUGACCAGGUGGCCAGGCUUCUACAUCCUGCAGUGGAAGUUCCACAGCAUGCCAGCGUGUGCCGCCACCAACCUGCCCCGAGUGGACGACGUGCUGGCCUCCCUGCAGGUGUCCUCCCACAAGUGCAAAGUGAUGUACUACACAGAGGUGAUCGGCUCCGAGGACUUCAGAGGCUCCAUGACCAGCCUGGAGUCCAGCCACAGCGGGUUCUCCCAGCUCAGUGCCGCCACCACCUCUUCCAGCCAGUCGCACUCCAGCUCCAUGAUUUCCAGGUAGUGCUGCGACGCCUGUGCCCAGUGCGGAGGGAGCCUCCUCCUCGACGCUGUGCUCCGCCCACGCCAGGAUGUGCUGGCUCCUCGCCCUCUAGGUAGCAGCUAGCCCUCCAGAGGCUGUCCCAGUCACUUGCUCCCCAGACUGUCUUGACAGGUAGUUCCAACUCUACCCCUAACUUUAACUCGAUAGCCAUAGAUUUUGUACAGCGUGCACAAAAUCAAACCGGAGCACAAGGGCUCUCAAAAGAAAAGUAGGUUAUCUACAGUAAGAGACUGACUGGUCUCAAUUGUCGAUGCAAAAAUUUUCCAACAAACUCCACCUUGUCCACUAGUGAAUGACUUGUGUGACAUCUGCAGAGACGAGCCGCCUCCUCCACGGAACUGAAGCUGCCGCGGCAGCACUCACGCUGCACCAGAGUCCUCUCCGCUCCCUGUUAGUGGAGGCGGCCUGUGGAUUCAGGACAGCCCUUGGGGUCCCUUUCCUCAGAGGACUUGGCAGCUUGCAGGAGCACCCAGCCCCGGGGCUGAGCCAGCCCACUCCUGAGCAGGCACCCACAGCCCAGGAGGGGCUGUCAGGGCCCCUCUCGACUCCCAACAAUAUCGCCAUCAUUAAACAUUGCUUUCUCUUUCCUCCUCUUCAAAUCUUUUGAUAUUUUUCAGAGCAAAAUUUUUCUGUCCGUGAACUUGGGGAGGGGAGCAGUCUUUCCCUCUGCUGAAUGCUGUUUUUCCUUCUGCAGGUGGGCAGCUCUCUGCCCUCCAGCACCCAAGGUCCUUAGCCAACAGUACCGAGGGUCCUCGGCACUCCUAGUACCCAGGGUCCUCAGUCCCCCUAGCACCCAGGGUCCUCGGCUCUCCUAGCUCCCAGGGUCCUCAGCCCUCAGCACUUAGUGUCCUCAGUCCUCAGCACCCAGGGUCCUCAGCUCUCAGGCGGGUGUUUGGAAGCAGUAGGUCACACUUCUGGAGGUGUGACAGUGCAGACCCCAGCAAUGCUGUCCAGGGUGGCGCAUGGCUUGUAGUGGCCUUGGGUGUGUCAGUGGAUGCUGUGAGUGUGUAUGCAGGUGCUGUGUGUGUGCAUGAGGGGGCGGGCUGCUUUUGGGGAUGGACCAGCGGAGCUUUACAUGGAUGGUAAGCAUUUCAUAGAAGCAGACCAGACACUGGGAUGGUGUGUCUUUUUUUUUUUUUUUUCUUUGUGAUCCCGACUUCCCAAAGCCUGCUGUCUGAGCAGGGUCUGCUUGACUGCUUACGUGGGGAAAGCAUGUUUCUUACGAAGCUGUCUGGAAGUUGCAAGUGUCUGAUCUCCAGAGAAUGGCAUGGGAUCUGUUUGUGUGUGUAUUAAAAGUGUCCAAAGAUGUGUGCCAAACCCACAUGGCCAUGAGCAUGUGAGACAGGUAUGGAAUCAUGUAUUAAUGCCGCUUUGAGGUGUUGGGUAGCUGGCAGUGUGAUGUGAGCUAUGUCAGCAAGCAUGAGGAGAGACUACACAGCAGCCUGGCGUGGCCAGUGAAGCCCCCUGGCUCCCGGCGCCCUGAGCCGUGCAUUUCCUGUGCGUGGGAGCUGUUUCUAGACAGCACAGCAGGGCAUCAUGCUGCUUCCAGUCAGGGCUUCCCAGCUCCAAGCUAAAGGACCUGAAGAUGCCCCUGCUCUUUCUCUCUCCUCUCCCCCUCUCUCCCCCUCUCCCUCUCUCCGUGUCCCAGAUGGCGAUUUUGCUGACAGCCUCCAAGAACACGCCUCACUCGACAGCCCACAUGUGCCCGAGGUGUCUGUCUGAGUC